AUGGUCACAAGUCUGGUGAUCAACCCAACGCUGGUGGAGGACUUGAGGACUAAACAGAGGUACCCUCUAGCGGAGGCGCAGGAGGUGUUUCUUCUACGGAGAAAUAAUAUUGUGUUUUCGGCCAGAGGGCCGUCCUUUGGUGAACUGAGGGCUACGGGCGAUGCGUACAUGACGAGCAAAAGGCUGGUAUUCGUGAUUGGCAAGGACGGCAGUGGUAGUCGGCCAGACUUCUACUCAGCAUCGGUCGCUCUUGAGGCAUGGAGAGAUCCUAAAUUCCGACAACCUGUUUUUGGAGCCAACUUCCUGGAAGGUGUAUCGGCUGAUCCUAUACCCGGUGCCGGCGAAUGUCGUUUCUCGUACACCUUCAACAGUGGUGGCUGUGGCACGUUCUUGCCAAUGUUUUACCGUCUGCACGCUAUGUCGUCAUCGGCCGGCGGUGGCGCUCCAGGCGACCGCAUGCGCCCAGCUAAUAGCAGUUUCGUCCAGUCAGUCCUUGCUGGUGAUCUCGGCGCGGUCGGGUUCCAAGACCCGAGUGAUCCUUCGGUCAUUUACGUGGCCCAGCCUCCUCAACCCCGAGGCCUGGAGUGA